AUGCCUGCUCCCACUGGCACCAAACGCGUUAGGGGCGUUUCUGUCUAUAGACCAUUCGUCUUCGGCAGCGAAGCUUACCCCUUCGAUCCUGAAAAUAAGCCUGCCAACGCUCCCCCGGACCACACCCACCAAUGGCGCGUCUUCGUCAAGGGCGUCAACGGCGAAGACAUAACCUACUGGCUCCGCAAAGUGCAAUUCAAACUACACGAAACAUACGCCCAAUCCGUACGCACAAUCGAACAGCCACCCUUUGAAGUCGCCGAAACGGGUUGGGGAGAAUUCGAGAUUCAGAUAAAGCUGUAUUUUGUGCCUGAAUCGAAUGAGAAGCCGCAAACGCUAUGGCAUAGUUUGAAGCUCCACCCAUACGGAGAAGAUGUUGAAGGGAAACGGGAGAGGAGAGAGAAGGUUGUUAGUCAGAAUUAUGAGGAGGUUAUUUUCAAUGAGCCCGUUGAGCAGUUUUAUGAUAUUCUUACCGGUGGCGGGAACGCGAAUCAGCAAAUCAAGGCGAAGAGUGGAAAAGCAAAGCAAGCCCUGACGCAAAGUGGAGGUGGGAGAACUGCAGAGAUUCCGGAUGGCGAUAGCCCCGGGAAUCCCUAUAGCAAGGCAACGGAGCAUGCCGAGUUGGAAAGACUGGGUAAUGCUAUGAAGACGGUUGAUCAGAUGAUCAAAGAGGAGAAGGAUCGACUGGUUGAGAGGGAGAAGAGAUUGGCUGAGUUGAAGGAGACUGAGGGUGUGCCGGUAGUGACCAAGAAGAAGUGA